AUGGCAACAUAUAAGCCUCUCGGUGCUGACCGCAAGGAGAUCCGGCUACUCACUGUACACCACGGGCGAGACGAAGUCGAGGUAACAGCCAGUCUAGAGACUUUCACGCUGGCAAAGGCAUCACGAAUCGGCUAUGAAACCAUCUCGUACGCCUGGGGCGACGGAUCGCUCCGCGAUGCGAUCAAGAUUAACGGACAAGAGGCAUCCGUACCUGCUAGCGCGGUGGCAGCCAUCAGAUGCAUUCGACUUCAACACACUAGCAAGCGGAGUUGGCAAUCCGCCAUCAAAGGCGUUCGGCAUUCACGCGCCGGUAGGCGUAGAUGGAUAGACUCGGUCUGCAUACACCAGCAUGAUAUGCAGGAGAGAAGUCAGCAAGUAGGGAUGAUGGCCGCGAUCUACCAGAAGUCUCAAGGCAACCUGAUCUACCUUGGCCCAGACACGGGUCUGAUGUCCUCAGCACGCAGCAGUAUUAGGAUGCUAUGUGAGGAAGCGGAGUCGGAAAGUAGAGGCCAACCGCUGUACGAAUUUAUAAUAAAAGAACGCAGCUCGAUUUACGCCAAUGGCCCUGUAAAGGCACCUAUUGAGAUUCAAGCGCUGGUCUCAUUUUACGACUGCUCCUGGUUCGAGUAUGAGGCGGUCUAUCCGAAGACAUUCGCUCAAGCUGACCAGCGCAGGAGGCUCUGGGUUCUACAAGAAGUCGUGCUGGCACCGAGGAACACGGUACAUCGUGGUGAUUUACAAAUGAGCUUGAGGGAUAUCAUUGUGGCUACAGCCUGGCUUCACCACAAACAACUGCACUUGCCCGGGGCACUCACCAGUGCAACCGGAUAUCGCACCGCACUCAACAUGUGGAACUACCGUGAAUCCCCUACCAUGUACUUCGGCACGAACGUCCUAUGGAGUAUACUAGGAUCAGCAGGCGGCCUGAAAUGCUCCGACGUUCGCGACAAGGGCUUCGGCGUCGUUGGUCUCUAUCAGAGACAUAAAGCAAACAAACGGACCGCACUACCCUCCGCUCUGCAACCAGACUAUCAGAAAGACGUAGCCGCGAUCCUGCGCGAUGCUACGCGACAAGCGAUCAUCGAGAGCAGAUGUCUCUCCAUCUCAGGGUACUCUACCAGGCGCUUGUGUGGUAUUGAUAGGCUUACUUCGUGGGUUACUGAGUGGUUUCGCAAGCCAGAAGAUGAUGAUGAUAGGCCCUUCGCAGAGUUCUUCGACGUUGGGAGACCACGUUGGUGGAUAUCAGCAGCAUCCCAACUGGAAAGCGAUUUGGGCCCUGAUGUUUGGUUGCUUGAUGGAGUCACCGUAGAUACCGUCUCCUCUAUCACCCCCAAGAUGACUGGAGACUUGCUGCUCUCUGUCCACCGGCUUAUUGCCCGCCUCCGUGAGAUCUCAACACUCGCCGCAGAACUCGGAGUCCGUGGCGCCAUUCUGGAUUUCACCUUGAUCCCGGGAACGACUUGUUAUGGAAGACCAGCGCAACUAGAGUGA